AUGGCUGCGACAGCCCCACCUGUUCAGCCUCAACCUCUCCCUCAACCUGGACUCUUGCAGGACUCGAAGAAGCCUUCGAUUGCGCGGUACGAUACGUUCGCUUCAACUGCAACUACCGCAACCCUCGAGACGGAAAAUGAGAGUUGUGGCGAGUUGACUGGAAGUGAAGUAACUGCCCUAAGCCCUACCGCCAUGGAGUCAACGGAGAAGCCAGCCGUCAAUGGCAACGAUCCGACGGCUCUCAAGGAGCUUGUGAGAGAGAUUCUGAAGCAGGAACGACUUGAGAUCCAGACCCAGGACCGCAAUUCUGGACGACCUGAAGGACUUGAUGGCCUCACGUCGCGGUUCCUGGCGUCGUACAUUACAGAGCUAGAAAAGAAAGUUGCCGCACUCGAGAAGGAUAAGAAAGAAGAACCAAAGGACGAGAGCAAGAAAGACGAAACCAAAUCCGAGAAGAAAGAAGAGGAAGAGAACAAGGACGAGAAUGGACGACCUAAGCUUGUAGUCAAAAGGCUUCGCAAGGAGACCACAGCUGCCGCAGCGGUCGCCGACGAAGACGAGAAUGCAAAAGGGAAGAAUGGGGCUGAUCAGAAGCAUAUCUUGACCGUGACUCGUAACAUCGAGAAAAACAACCAGAAGACCCUUGAGAUUAGAUCCAGACUGGUCAUCCAGUUCCUUCGCAGGGCUGUCAAAUAUUACCCCGGGCAGGCCCUAGGAGGGAGUAUGGUUGCUUUCAUGGAUCCAUUCAUGCUGCUUUUCCAUUACAGAAAAAGCAUUUCUGAGGAGCUAGCCAAUCCUGAGCUGGAUGUAGAGACGAGGACGCAUCUCGAGCAUGUUCUGGAAUUUAUGAAGACGGAGUGUCCGGAAGUUUCGCAGGAGCUAGACGCCUUGGAGGAAGAUGAAGAUCGGAAGGUCAUCUCCUUCGCCAACUCUUGGCUUAUCUUCCGUCCUGGAACGAUCGUGUACUCGACACAAGAAUCUGAAGAUAAAGACGAGGGCGAGAAGGCAAAGGUGGUUGUUUCAUCACCUGAAGGCGAAAAGCGUGCAUACAUGGUCGAAGAGUUGGCUGGCUGUGAAAUCGAAAAAUUGCCAAGUGGUCGGGAAAUCCGAACCUCUCUGAAGCUCCGAUGCUGGUCCAUUGAUUUCGAUGGAUAUCGGUUUGGCCGGACAUACACAGAGCUUUAUGUUCGACCUUUCAAUGGUUCCCGGGAGAUCGAGCAGCUGGAGGUUGUGCCGGAGAAGUACAGUGAUCCAGAAAUCAGGGACAAAUUGAUUGAGAGAGGCCGUUCGUUCUGGAAUUUGAAAGAGAAGGAUAAAAUAUUCCGGUUGUACACUGGAAAGGCUUGGUCUAAGACUUCUUUAGCGGACACCCUCCGAGUGGUAGUAGACCACGCAGCGUACUCCAAGACCGGUAGCGAAGGUAUCAAAAUCGAGGGGGUCAGUAACCAAUCGCAAGAAAUGCACUGUCCAUGCAGCGAUUGCAAAGAGAAACGCGAGACGGCUCGACAAAACUUUGAGCGUUUGGAUAGAGUGUCGCCAUACGCAAAGUACAACUCGGUCGAGCCCGAUUCUGAGCCGGACGACCUGACGCUACUACUCUGUCCAGAUCGCGCGUACGCAUUUUCUCUCCGCGAUAAAUCCUGGAUGCCGGUCAAACUUCGUGAUCUGAAAACUGUGGAGUUCAGGAAGAAGGCGUUCGACAAAUUGGUCAUGAAGGCUGAUUACAAGCGGACUGUUCAAGCCCUCGUCUCCACAUACACAUCUGAUGAUCGUAAAUUCCGCGACAUCGUAGAAGGCAAGGGACGCGGUCUCGUGCUACUUCUCCAUGGCCCACCUGGUACCGGUAAAACGUUGACAGCGGAAUGCGUUGCUGACGAAUACCAACGCCCCCUCUACAUGGUCACCUGUGGCGACCUGGGUACCGAGCCCUGGGAGCUCGAAAUGAACUUGCGACGCAUCUUCAAAGACGCCACAACAUGGAACGCCGUCCUCCUCCUUGACGAAGCCGAUAUUUUCCUCCAAAUGCGCGACUACAAAGAUGUCAACCGCAACGCCCUCGUCUCCGUCUUCCUGCGAGAGCUCGAGUACUUUGACGGAAUCCUGUUUCUCACAACGAACCGCGUUGGAGCGAUCGACGAAGCGUUCCAAUCCCGAAUCCAUGUGACGCUGGGUCUGCCGCUGCUAGACGAGGACUCGAGGAGGGAUAUUUGGAAAAUCUUUAUCAAGGAUUUGAAUGGCAUACAUAAAGAUUCAAGGAAAGACUUGCUGAAACAUGUGAAUGCGAAGUUGGGAAAGUGUAACUUGAAUGGGAGGCAGAUUCGGAACUGUGUGAGGACGGCUAUUGCGCUGGCGGAUCAGGCGCACGUACCAAUUAGUGCGAGGCAUCUUGACGAUGUGGUGAAGAUGGGUGAGGAGUUUGCGGAGUAUAUGAAGACGUUGCAUAAGAUGGAUGCUGAAGAGGUUCAGGCGUCAGUGGGGAACAGGUUGGCGAGUUGGAAGCCUAGGGAUUAG